AUGACGAGGGAUGCCGGUUUGGUGACCGUCGCCGUCCUGGACCGCAACGACUCUCCGCCGUCGUUCCGCGGCUCGCCGCUCAGCUUCCUGGUGUCCGAGGAGCUGGCCGUCGGCCAGGCCGUCGCCACCCUGGCCGCCACCGACGCGGACUCCAUCGGCGAGCUGUCCUACGCCCUGUCGACGGCGUCCUCGCCCUUCACCCUGGACGCGCGCACCGGGGUCAUCCGGCUGCGCGACGCGCUCGACCGGGAGGCCCAGGACGCGUACCGGCUGCUCGUCCGCGCCUCUGACGGCGUGCAGACCACCGACGCCUACGUCACCAUCCAGGUCACGGACUCGAACGACAACCCGCCCGUGUUCUCGCAGUGGGCGUACUCGAUGGAGGUGCGCGAGGACGCGCACCGCGGCUCCCGGGUGGGGCAGGUGUCGGCCAAGGACCUGGACGAGGGCCCCAACGGGCUGGUGUCGUACUCCGUGGUCUCGGACUGGGCCAACGACGUGUUCGCCCUGCACCCCCAGACCGGCGUCUUCACGCUGGCCGCGAGGCUGGACUACGAGGAGGUGCAGCACUACAUCUUCGUGGUGCAGGCCGCGGACGCGGGCCGGCCUUCGCUGUCGUCCACGCUCACGGUCUUCAUCAACGUGCUGGACGUGAACGACAACGCGCCCCUCUUCGACCCCAUGAGCUACUCGGACGAGGUCUGGGAGAACGUGACCGCCGGCUCCUCCGUGGUGACCGUCUCCGCCACCGACCUGGACUCGGGUGCCAACGGGCGCAUCGAGUACGCCAUCACGGCGGGCGACGGCGCGGACGAGUUCUCCAUGUCCCCGAACGGCACCAUCCUGACGCGGCGCGCGCUGGACCGCGAGGCCAAGUCGAGCUACAACCUGGUGGUCACGGCCACGGACAGUGCCCAGCCGCCCAGCCCUCGCCUCUCCUCCACUGUUCAGGUGUCCAUCACCGUCCGCGACGUCAACGACAACGCCCCGGAGUUCAUCACGCCGUCGGAGACGUCGGUGGGCGAGAACGUGGCGCCGGGCACGGUGCUGCUGGCCGUGAAGGCCGUGGACAAGGACGAGGGCCGCAACGGCUACGUGGAGUACUCCCUGGACGACGACGACGUCAUGUUCUCGCUCGGCGCGGCCGACGGGCUGCUGCGGGUGGCGGGCCGCCUGGACCGCGAGUCCCGGCCCGCGUACCGCAUCACCGUCACCGCCCGCGACCGCGGCGACCCGCCGCGCGCCACCACCGCCGACGUCCUGGUGCGCGUCCUCGACGAGAACGACAACUCCCCCGUAUUCGACCCCAAGCAGUACUCGGCCACGGUGGCGGAGAACGCGUCCAUCGGCACCAGCGUGCUGCUGGUGUCCGCCACGGACCUCGACGACGGCGACAACGGGCGCGUGCGUUACUCCAUCUGGUCGGGCGACGACAACCGGGACUUCUCCAUCAGCGAGGACGGCGGCGCGGUGCGCGUCGCCAAGAACCUCAACUUCGAGCGCAAGGCGCGCUACGUGCUGACGGUGCGCGCCGAGGACUGCGCCGGCGACGCGGGCCGCUUCGACACGGCCGUGAUCGCCGUCAACGUGGCCGACAUCAACGACAACCCGCCCACGUUCCUGGACUCGCCCUACCUGGCCUACGUCGUGGAGGGCGUGGUGCCGCCCCCCAACGGCUUCGUGCUGCGCGUCCGCGCCUUCGACGCCGACUCGCCGCCCUUCAACGGCCAGGUGCGCUACUUCCUCAAGGAGGGCGACCCGGACCUCUUCCGCAUCGACGCCAACACCGGCGACAUCACGCUGCAGCGCGCGCUGGACCGCGAGGCGCAGGCCGAGCACAUCCUCACCCUCGUCGCCAUGGACACGGGCACGCCGCCGCUGACCGGGUCCGGGACGGUGCGCGUCGUGGUGCAGGACGUCAACGACCACAGCCCCGAGUUCGAGCGGGAGGGCCGCCAGGGCUACGUCGCCAGCGCCAGGGAGAACGCGCCGGCGGGCACCGUCAUCCUGGUGGCCAAGGCCAGCGACAAGGACGAGGGGCUCAACGCCAAGAUCAGGUACUCCCUCCUGGGCGAGCACGCCGACCGCUUCGCCGUGGACCCCGAGACCGGCGCGGUGUCGCUGGCCGCGCCGCCGGACCGGGAGGAGCGCGCCAGCUACCACCUCACCCUCGUCGCCAAGGACAGCUCGGCCACGGACCCCAGGGCCUCGGCCGUCAACCUCACCGUCACCGUCCUGGACGAGAACGACAACGACCCGGUCUUCUCCGAGGCGCAGUACACCGUGCACGUGCCUGCUGGCACCGGCAAAGGCGAGUUCGUGUUCGGCGCCAAGGCGGCGGACGCGGACGAGGGCGACAACGGCCGAGUGCGGUACUCCCUGUCUGGCGACGACUCGAACCAGUUCCGGUGCGACGCGGCCACGGGGGUGGUGACGGCCGCGGUGACGCUCUCCACAGACCCGCACCGCGCCUACCACCUCACCGUCUUCGCCCGCGACGCGGGCAUGCCGCCGCGCUCCGCGUCCGCGGACCUGCUGGUGCGCGUGGCCCCGGCCGCGCAGUUCCCGGCCAUCCGCGGCCCGCGCGUCGCGAGGUUCACGCUGCAGGAGGACGACUACGCCUCGGCCAAGGACGCCAAGGACGCCAGGGUGGUGACGCGCGUGUCCGCCGUGUCCCCGAAGCGCGGCGCCGCCGCCGUCGUCAAGUACGCCAUCGCGGGCGGCAACGUGGGCGACGCGCUGCGCGUGGACGCCAACACGGGCGACGUGCUGGUGUCGCACGGCCUGGACUUCGAGACGGCGCCGUACUGCGAGGUGUGGGUGGAGGCGCGCGACUCGGACGACCCGCCGCUGCGCUCGCUGGUGCAGCUGCUCGUCAACGUGACCGACGCCAACGACAACCCGCCCGUGAUGCAGCGGGCGCUGUACAACGCCACCGUCAUGGAGGAGGAGUUCGCCCCCGUGAGGGUCGUCCGCGUCAAGGCCACCGACCGCGACUCGGGCGUCAACGGCCAGCUGUCAUACCGACUCGCGCACGGCCAGGACGGCGACGGCGCGUUCACCGUGGACCCACGCACCGGAGAGAUCUACACCAAGACCAAGCUGGACCGGGAGUCGACGGCCACCUACCAGCUGCAGGUGGAGGCGGUUGACGAGGGCCGGCCGCAGCUCACGGGCAGCGCCGCCGUGCUGGUCACGGUGCUCGACAAGAACGACAACCCGCCCCGCUUCUCCCGCCUCUUCAGCGUCAACGUCACGGAGAACUCGGAGAUGGGCACGUUUGUGAUCCGCGUCACCAGCAGCGACCUGGACGAGGGCGUCAACGCCAACGCCACCUACUCCUUCACCGAGAACCCCGGCGACAAGUUCGCCAUCGACCCCAUCAGCGGCAACGUGACGGUGGCGGGCCCGCUGGACCGCGAGCAGCACGACGAGUACGUGCUGAAGGUGACCGCGGAGGACGGCGCCUGGCGGCAGGAGACGCCGCUCACCGUCACCAUCCAGGACGUCAACGAUAACGCCCCCGAGUUCGAGCACUCGUACUACUCCUUCAACUUCCCCGAGCUGCAGCCGCAGGCCGUCGCCCUGGUCGGCCAGGUGUCGGCCGCGGACCGUGACAAGCAGGGCCCCAACUCGGUCAUCUCGUACUCGCUCAAGCACCCGUCCGACCUGUUCAGCGUGGACCCGGCCAGCGGCGAGGUGCUGUCCAAGCGCCGCCUGCGCUACAAGCACGCCGCGCUCGGCUGGUCCCCGGAGAACCAGUACCCGCUCACGGUCCUGGCGACGGACAACGGGAAGCCACCCAUGUCCUCCGAGUGCCUGGUGACGGUCAACAUCGUGGACGCCAACAACAACGCGCCCGCCUUCGCGCAGCGGACCUACUUCACAGCCGUGCCGGAGAGCACCCCAGUGGGCCGCAGCCUGGCCAAGCUGGUCGCCAAGGACGUGGCCGACUUCGGCGUCAACGCGGAGAUCGAGUACAUCAAGAUGGGCGGCAACGGCAGUGAGCUCAUCUCGCUGGACAAGACCACCGGCAAGGUGUCGCUGUCGCGGCCGCUGCAGGGGCUGGGCAGGAAGACGUACUCCGUGGCGGUGCGCGCCGUGGACAAGGGCGUGCCGCCGCAGAGCGACGACGCCGUCAUCGUGCUGGUCGUGACGGGCGAGAACAAGCACAGCCCCGUCUUCAAGGCCCCCAGCUCGCAGGUGUUCGUGCCCGAGAACGAGCCCGUCGGGGCGACCAUCCUGACGGUGCAGGCUGACGACGCGGACCCCGGCCCCAACGGGGACGUGCGCUAUUCCAUCUCAGGCGGCAACGCGCAAGGACUCUUCGCCGUGAACCCUCGCACGGGCGUCGUCACCAUCCUCAAGGCCCUCGACUACGACACGGUGCCGGAGCACCACCUCAACAUCACGGCCACGGACUUGGGCCUGGACGGGCGCUCCGCCACGGCCUCGCUCACCGUCAUGCUGACCGACAUCAACGACAACCCGCCCACCUUCAACCAGAGCGCGUACGAGGCCAGCAUCCAGGAGAACUCGCCGCCCGGCACGGUCGUGUUCACCGCCCACGCCACGGACAAGGACUCCCCCAAGAACGCCGUCAUCCACUACUCCAUCGUGGGCGGCUCGGGCAAAGACGCGUUCGACGUGGACCCGCGCACAGGCGUGGUGACAGCGCGCGUGAGUUUCGACUACGAGGAGCGCACGCAGUACACGCUGGACCUGCUCGCCUCCAACCCGGACUCGGCGCAGUACGGCUCGGCGCGCCUGCUCGUGCACAUCACCGGCGUCAACGAGUUCUACCCGCGCUUCGUGCAGCCCGUCUUCCACCUGGACGUGUCCGAGGCCGCGCAGGUCGGCACCAGCGUGGGGAUGAUCCAGGCCACGGACCAGGACCAGGGCCUCGGCAGCAAGGUGUACUACCUGCUGGUGGGCUCGAGCAACGACCGCGGCUUCAGCGUGGCGCCGGAGACGGGCGUGGUGACGGUGUUCCGCGGGCUGGACCGCGAGACGCAGAACCGCGUGGUGCUGACCGUCAUGGCCAAGAACGAGGGCUCCAUCCGCGGCAACGACACGGACGAGGCCCAGGUCAUCAUCUCCAUCCAGGACGGCAACGACCCGCCCGAGUUCCUGCAGCCCGUGUACGAGGCCCAGGUGUCCGAGGCCGCCGCGCCGGGCACGCACAUCGCCACCGUGCGGGCCGUGGACCGCGACGUGCGCGCCGUCAACAACCAGUUCUCCUACUCCAUCCUCGGGGGCAGCGGAGCCCACUCCUUCAAGGUGGACCCGCAGACCGGCGAAGUGGAGACCACGCUGCCGCUGGACCGCGAGGCCAUGUCCGCGUACACCAUCACGGUGGGCGCCAUCGACUCUGGCUCCCCGCCGGAGACGGGCACCACGGUGGUGCGCGUGCUCGUGGAGGACGUCAACGACAACGCGCCCCGCUUCGAGACGGACGCCGUGGGCCUGGUGGCGGAGAACGAGCCCCCAGGGACCAGCAUCAUGAUGCUGAGUGCCACCGACGCGGACCUGCCGCCCAACGGCGCCCCCUUCAAGUACCGCCUGGUGGGCGGCCGCCACCGCGGGCUGGUGACGCUGGACAGCGCCACCGGGCUGCUGCGGACGGCGGAGACCAUCGACCGCGAGGUGACGGACCGCCUGGACCUGGUGGUGGAGGUAGAGGACAGCGGCAACCCGCCGCAGCGCGCGCAGCACCCCGUCACCGUCACGGUGCUGGACCAGAACGACUCGCCGUCCACGCCGCGCGCCAUGCACCUGCUCGUCUUCGCCCCGCCCGCCACGCCGCCGUCCUCCGACGCGGACGACACCCCGCUCGGCGUGGUGGCCGACGUGCGUCCCGACGACCCGGACGCGACGGGCGACUACCGCUGCAAGCUGGUGUCCGGGCCCACGCGGAACGUGCCGCUGUCCAUCGCACGCGCGUGCCAACUGCACGCGGCACGCAGCGCUCGCCCGGGGGCCUACUCGCUCAGCGUGGUGGGCAACGACGGCGUGCACGCGGACGUGACCAACGCCGUGACCGUGGAGAUCCAGGCCCUGGACAACGACACCAUCGACGGCACGGUGACGGUGCGCGUGGACAACAUCACGGCGCCCGCCUUCCUGGCGGGCCACUACAAGGCCUUCGUGGACGCGGUGCGCGCCGCGCUGCCCCAGGACGACCACCUAGCCGUGCUGGCGUACUCGGUGCAGGAGCGCGACCAGGGCGUGGAGGUGGCGGUGGCGGCGCGCGGUGCUCGCGGCUACCACAGCAAGGCCGCGGUGCAGCAGGCGCUGCAGCGGCGCCAGGACGCGCUGACCAAGCUGCUGCGUGGCAGGGCGCUCACCCUGGGCUACUCGCCGUGCCAGCGCGCCGCGUGCCACGCCGGCUCCGUGUGCGCCGACUCACUCCGCAUCGCCUCGCCCGCGCUGCCGCUGCGCGUCACGGACUCGGCCUCCUUGGUGCUGUCCGCGCCCGCGCUGCAGCGCGACGUGCAGUGCCGCUGCGCCGACGGCUUCACCGGCGCGCGCUGCGACCGCCGCCAGGACCCGUGCGCGCCGAACCCGUGCCGCGCUGGGGGCGCUUGCCGCCGGCAGGGCGCCGCCGACUACACCUGCGUGUGCCCCGCGCACGCUGAGGGCCGGCACUGCGAGCGCGAGCGCGGCGACGCGUGCGGCGACAACCCGUGCCGCAACGGCGGGUCGUGCCGGCCCAGCCCCGACGGCGGCUCCUUCUUCUGCCUGUGCCGGCCCGGCUUCCGCGGCAACGAGUGCGAGGCGGUGGCCGACUCCUGCCGCCCCAACCCCUGCCUGCACGGCGGCGCGUGCGUGGCGCUCAAGCCCGGCUACCGCUGCACCUGCCCCGACGGCCGCUACGGCCGCCACUGCGAACGCUCGGCCUUCGGAUUCCGGGAGCUGUCCUACGCGGCCUUCCCUUCGCUGGACGCCUCCACCAACGACAUCUCGGUGGUGUUCGCCACGACCAAGCCCGACGCCCUGCUCGUGUACAACUUCGGCGCGCAGACGGGCGGCCGGUCCGACUUCGUGGCGCUGGAGCUGGUGUCCGGGCGCGCCGUCUUCUCCUUCGGCGGCGCGCGCACGGCCAUCUCCUCCCUGUCCGUGGCUGAGCCCUCGGCCUCGCUGGCGGACGGCGCCUGGCACAAGGUGACCGCCACGCGCAACGGCCGCGUCGUGUCCCUCAGCGUGGCGCCCUGCACCGACAACGGGGAGACCUGCAGCGAGUGCCGGCCCGACGACGACUCUUGCUACGCCGCCGACCUCGGCAACACUGGAACUCUCAACUUCAACGGCCACCCCAUGCUGCUAGGAGGCCUGCAGGCGGCGGACCCCGUCCUGGAGCGGCCCGGCCAGGUCUCCAACGACGACUUCGUGGGCUGCGUGCACAGCGUGGCCGUCAACGGGCGCCAGCUCAACAUGAGCAGCCCGCUGCACUCCAGGGGCGUGGAGGCCACCUGCGGCCGGCCCGGCUCCGUGUGCGCCAGCGGCAACACCGCCUCGGCCAGGACGGCGUUGACCCGGAUGCAGGACAGCGAGGAGCUCCUGGACAACACGCUGAUGGCCACCUCCUCCCCCGCUGCCCGCUGCGGCGCCGAGGGUGCCUGCGUGGACCGCUGGACGUCGUCGGCCUGCGAGUGCAGCACGGGGGCGGGCGGCGCGGUGCUGGCGCCGGACUGCGGCGACAGUCUGCUCCCGGCCACCCUCACCGACGGCGCCUUCCUGGCCUUCCGCGUCUCCGACAUGCACCGCCGCAUGCAGCUCCUGGACGGCGUGUACCGCGGCUCCACCCGGUGGCACGCCAGGUCCGCGUCCACCACGGCCAGGGCGGAGGCCAAGACCCUCAGCCUCUCGUUCCGCACAGUGCGCAAGGACGGCCUCAUCCUGUACGCCGCCUCCAACAAGGACUUCACCGCCAUCCAGCUCCGAGGCGGCGUGCUCGUGUACAUGUCGCGCGCCGGCGCCGCGGGCUCGCCCGUCAACAUGACGGUGUCGGACUGGGAGCCCCUGUGGGACGGCCGCUGGCACAACCUGACGCUCGAGUCGCGGGGCCGCGCGCUGCGUCUGCUGCUGGACGGCAGGCGGGCCGGCGACGAACUGGACCCGAACGGCGUGCACGACUUCCUGGACCCCUACCUCACGGCCCUGUCCGUGGGCGGCGCUGUCCGCGACACCUUCCACACGGCCGACGUCCCGCAAGGGUUCGAGGGCUGCGUCGCCAACCUGACCGUCAACGCCGAGGUGCAGCCGCUCAACGGGUCCGGCUCCAUCCUGGAGGCGCUGGCCCACGGCAAGGUGUGGCAGGGCUGCGCCGGACCUGUGGGCGUGGGCGCGGCCGCCGCACCCGACCCGCUGUCCAUCGGCAUCACCCUCGUCAUCGUCUUCUUCGUCAUCCUGCUGGUGGUGAUCCUCGUCUCCUUCGUCGUGUUCCGCCUGCGCAGGCAUGGCAAGGAGAAGGGUGCCGGCCCCGGCGGCUCCCCCGGCACCACGCUCGUCACCUCCGGAGGCCUCCUCCCCGGCGGCGUCGGCGGCGACCUGGGCCGGCUGCACGGCGUGGAGGGCGUCGGCGGAGACCUGCUGCGUGCACACCAUCCCGAACUCAUCGCCAAGAAGUACAAGGAGCGCGACCUCGAGCAGCAGCGGCCGCAGCGACCGGACAUCAUCGAGAGGGAGGUGGUGGGGGUGGGCAAGUCGCCGCCAAUGCCCAUGCCGCCGCCACCGCACCACCCGCACGACGCCACCAGCAUGGACCCCAGCAUGGACAUGCCGGAGCACUACGACCUGGAGAACGCCAGCUCCAUCGCGCCGUCCGACAUCGACAUCGUGUACCACUACAAGGGCUACCGGGAGGGCAACCUGGGCAACGUGCGCAAGUACAAGGCCAGCCCCGCGCCGGCCCCCAGUGCGCCGCCGUCGUCCUACCACCACAAGCACGUCCAGCAAGGCCUGCAGCAGGGCUCGGCGCACCGCCACACGCCGUUCCUGCAGCACCCGAGCCGCGACUCGCCGCGCUCCAUGGUGCUGCCGCCGCCCACGGCCAGGGUGGACUCCCCGCCGUCCGUCGCCAACAGCAUGGCUGGCGGCGGCACGCGGGUGCAGCACCAGAGCACGCCGCUGGCCAGGCUGUCGCCGAGCUCGGAGGUGUCCUCGCAGCCCAGGAUCCUGACGCUGCAGGACAUCAGCGGGAAGCCGCUGCAGUCCGCGCUGCUGGCCACGACGUCGUCGUCGGGGACGGUGGGCGUCAAGGACGUGUCGCUGCACUCCAACUCGGAGCGGUCGCUCAACUCGCCCGUCAUGUCGCAGCUCAGCGGCCACAGCAGCUCCGGGUCCCGGAAGCUGUGCAAGCCGCACGCCGCGCCGCUGCAGCACUCGCUGCAGCACUCCCUGCAGCACGCCAGGCAGCACGACCUGUCCAGCCCGGUGCACACGCAGCGGCUGGCGGCGGGGCUGGCCGCGGGGCUCACGGCCGACGAGAUCCAGCGGUUCGGCCACAACCCGCCGCGCAACUCGAGCCUCGUCUCCACCCUGGACGCUGUCAGCUCCACGCCACACCGGCGCGCCCACCGGACGCACCUGCACCACCAGGACGACAUGGACAUGGACGACAACCACUCGACGCACUCGACCACCACCGACGAGAGCGGCAACGACUCCUUCACGUGCUCCGAGAUCGAGUACGACAACAACAGCGUAGGCGGCGACGGGCGGCGCGCGUGCGAGGAGGACGACGACGAGGACGAGGCCACGGACACGGGGCGCGGCAGCAGCCCGCUCGCCGGCAAGCCCUCGCUCACGUCCAUCCCGCCCUCGGUGCCGUCCUUGCCGUCCUACGACGGCUUCGACUCGUCGUUCCGGGGCUCGCUCAGCACGCUGGUGGCCUCGGACGACGACCUGUCCACGCACAUGGGCGUCCACGGGCUGGGCGCCGUCCCCGGGCAAGGCCUCGGGCAGGGCGGGCCCCUGCCACCCUCGGUCACGGCCAUGGGCCUCGGCCAGGGCUUGGGCUGGGACUACCUCCUCAACUGGGGGCCCAACUUCCAGAGCUUGGUCGGGGUGUUCAAAGACAUUGCCGAGCUGCCAGACUCCGUCAACGGCAGGGUGGUCCCGGUGCCGGCCUCCCUCAGGCUCCCGGCUUCACCCACCAAACCCUCGGAAGAGUACGUGUGACACGUGUCGUGUUGUCUGUUCCUUGACUUAGUAAUUUAUUCUUGUUUUAGUGUGUUUGGUGAGACUAGGAAAAUAACUUAUGAGAAUUGUUGAAGACGUUUUUAAUUAUUUUAUUGUAGGCAGAGAAAAUACUCAACAUGAAGAAGAGAUGCCUGUGAAACUAAGAUUAUGUACUGCCAUUGUCUCUGCCUCGAAUGUGUCAUAUACCAGUAUUGUAAUUUAUUCAAGGCCACUAAAUUAUGUUCUCAACUGAAUUUGUUUAUCAAAAAAUCAAUUGUUACUUUUUAAAUCUUUUGUUUUCUGUCAUUGAUUUUUUUAUUAAUUUUAAAGAACAGAGUUUAGUGGCAUCUAUGUUUUGAGAUUAAGUGCAUUGAUAAGACGGUAAAGCUUCUGCAAUGCAAGCUCAUCUCUAGUCGGGACCGAUUGUGGUUCUUUUUAACAAAUUGAGGCCAUAGCUAUUGGAGCACUGCUGCAAGUCAGGUUGUGAAGGAGCAUGUACAAAGUAGUCCAACUCUAUGAAAUUUUUUUUAAUGGACAGUGUCUUUUUUGGGGACGUAGCGGCUAAAAGGUCAAUACAGCUUUAUGUUGAUUGCAAGCAUUGCUCAUACAUUCACCUGCAUAGCCACAGCAGCAGAAGCCAAGCUUGAAGUACUGAUGUAUUAUAACUGUACAAAAUAAUUUAGGUGUACAUAAAAUGAAUGCUAGUGAAUGAAAGGAAAGUGAUAUGUGUGAACAUAGACAGUUUUAUGUAGUCUGAAACUUGUAAAUAAUGGAGACAAUCAAUAAUAGCCAUAUGCUGUAGUGCCAAAUAUCCCUCCCUUCCCCAUUCCCACCCAACCCUGUUAUCCCAUUUCCCUUUCCAUAAAAAAAAUUUCAGACGAAAAUAAAAUCUAUUAAGGAUGAAAUGUUUCUGUUAA